AUGGUAGCGUCGAAGUUAAAGCUUUUAAAACUGGUGUUAAUUGAGAUACCCGUGGAGUUGUUAGGACUCCCGUCCAUAUCAACGAUGGAGUACUCCAACAUGAUGUUUUGUGGUCUGAUCAUCCUAUAUCUUGCUAUCCAGACUAACAGCGCACCAAGUUCGAGGAGAUCAAGAGCUGCUGACCUACCCGAGGAAACAAGCAGUCGCGAAAGCAAGCUACAAGAAAAGUUCAAAGAAGUCAGUACUACGGCUGCACCAGCACCAACUAACAGGCAGAAUAAAGCCCUCAACCUAUUCGGAUACUACCCAUCUUUCCUGUCCUCGGGAUUAGACUACAAUGAGGACGAUGAUGAUGACGUCACGUUUUCCGUCAACGACGACCAUUUCGACGACGAAGAGCUUUCUCGGACCAUUCCCAAUAGAAGACGACAGCAAAACAAAAAGAAAAAUGGCAACUCGGAAUACUCAAACGAUAAUAUCAACUCUAUACAAUAUGAUAACUCGCCCAUCUUUUACAUCAGACUGCCGCCUACACCGUACAUGUUCGUCCCUGGCUUAGGAUACGUAUCGCAGCCCCCUACUUUGGGCCCACCUAUGGGACCGAUGAUGUCACCUGUGGGUCCUCCUCAAGGCGCAGAUCCUUUUAUCAAUUUGCCCCUGGACUUUGUCUCAAACGGUAAACCUACAGGUGUUUAUCAAUGGAACGGCGGAGCGGGAUACCCUCAAAUUCCUCCUGUUGAUCCGUUUGGGUAUGGAGCGCCUCAGCCGAUGAUUCCUCCGCCCUCUCGACCCAGCUACAACAUGCCGCCUUACUCGAAACCUAAACCUAAGCCAGUGCCUUCAAACUCCAAGGUUACGAACCUCAAAGGUCAAUACAACUUCAACGGCAAACCGGGUGAUAGCGUAUACGUAUUAAGGGACACUUAUAACUCUAUAUACUCGGAUGCCCUUCAGAAUUUCUAUCCUUAG